AGCGCUGCAGUGUUACAUACAAGUACACCUUUCUGUGCCAAAGUGAAUAUCGUUACGUUCGUGAUCAGAGGGCGGGGAAUUGAUACGAUCUUAUGUUUACUAAAAUUUCCUUGCUCCAACUGACAGAUUAGAUCAACUUCCAAUAUGAUACGUUUUAUCCUCAUACAAAACAGAGCUGGCAAGACUAGGUUAGCAAAGUGGUAUAUGAAUUUUGAUGAUGAUGAGAAGCAAAAGUUGAUAGAAGAAGUUCAUGCAGUGGUUACUGUCAGAGAUGCAAAACAUACAAAUUUUGUUGAGUUUCGCAACUUCAAGAUAGUGUACAGGCGGUAUGCAGGGUUAUAUUUCUGCAUCUGUGUUGAUGUCAACGACAAUAAUCUCUGUUACUUGGAAGCAAUUCACAAUUUUGUAGAAGUACUAAAUGAAUACUUUCACAAUGUAUGUGAAUUGGAUCUAGUGUUUAAUUUUUACAAGGUAUACACUGUUGUGGACGAGAUGUUCUUAGCAGGUGAAAUUCGAGAAACAAGUCAAACCAAAGUGUUGAAGCAACUCCUGAUGUUAAAUUCGUUAGAAUGAAUAAGCUCACAAUUUUGGCUUUACAUAUUAUGACUGUAUGAUCUGAAUAUAUAACGUGUUCGAAGUGAAUAUAUACAACCGAAGUGAAUAUAUACUAUGUAGUAAUUGCGUCGCAUAAAACGCAUAACAUAAAUACUCUAUGUAACAGUAUGAUUUCAAUGAUAGUCUGCAAUCGUUUCUUUCGGCAGAAGUGUGAUGUACAGUAAUCUCUACGUGAAUGCUGCGUUGAGUUACGAAACGAUGACACUCAAAACAUGACAAAGUAUCAUAGAUGUGAAAGGGAAUGUAGAAAAAAAACAUGACCUAUAUCGUUUAUGUUCUAGACAUGUAAUAAACUGUAAAUACAUCUGGUA